UGUGUAAAAUAGUUUAUAAGUGUACGAAUUGGUCACACGUUACUCGUCGUGGAGGUAAAAUGAAGUGUUAAGUCUUUUAAAGUAUUCAAACUCAGAAUAAGCCCCUUCACAUACGAGCUUUUAUUGUGCAGAAUAAAAUUCCCCCAGGUGGUUGCUGUUGCCGCCGUCGCUGUUUUGUUUUGUGUUUUGUGUUUUUUGUUUUUUUGAAAAGCAUUUCCAGCAUUUGAACCGUCUCCGUUCCGUCACACGCGCAAACAGGUGAAGGUUGAUGUUUCUUACGUGAGGGCGCGCGUGUUUCCGUGACAGCAGCUGCAGUCCGGGGACUCUGCACGCGCUCCGCUGUCGCCACCACUUUGUCCUCGGGUGGGGGCGGGAGUCUCUCCUCUAUACAAGCUGCCCCGCACCGGGACUCCCGCGUACUCCUGGCCGGCCUGCAGCCACAGCACACAGGCCGCCUGGCUGCCGGGCAGAGAUGUCCCGCUCACCUCUCCGCACCGGGGGAGAGUCGCCCUCCGCGGCGCAGUCCGCGGAGAACGGCGUGGAGGCGCGGGAGGAGGACGGGGAGGGAGAUCUGGACGACGAGCUGGACGCUUCCCAGCUGGAGAGGUUUAUGAGAGACCGGAGGAGAGCCCAGUCCCUGCCCGCCUACCCGGCGGCGAUCCUGGGCGGCGUGUCCGGGAGCGAGGGCAGGAAGCGGGUGAAGUUCGCCGACUCCAUGGGGCUGAACCUGGCCAGCGUGAAGCACUUCAGCUCGCUGGAGGAGCCGCAGAUCCCCAGCAAAGUUCUGUCCAGAUACAAGAGCUUCCCGCCGCCGCAGCAGCAGCAGCAGGACCUACUCAGCGACCUGUGCCAGAGCUUCAAGUCCAACCUCGGCAUGGACCGUCUGUCCGCCUGCUUCCCGGAGCCCCGGGAGACGGAGCGGAGAGUCCAGCGGCUCCGCGUCUGCCUGGAGAAGGUCACCAUCACCCAGUUCGACGUGCGGGGGCAGAUCCGGGUCUUGACCGGCUGCAGCGACAAAGAGGUCGGCGUGAGGUACACGUUCAACGACUGGCUGUCCUACGUGGACGCGCAGGCUCUCAGCGUGGCCUCGGGUCCGCCGGGCUUUGUGGGAGAGCGGUUCAGCUUCACCAUGUACACGCCGCCCUUCGUGGACCCCAGCUCGGCCGUGCACUUUGCCGUGUACCUGAAGAGCCAGGAGGGGGAGUUCUGGGACAACAACGAGGGGCAGAACUACACCCUCAGGUACCACUGCUCGCCCGGCACCGCGCCCUUUGUCAGCGCCGCCUUCCACGCCACCUGACCGGUGCGUGCGUCGUGCGUAAAAGCUCUCCAUCCGCCCCGAGGGCUGAAAGAAAAACGCUUCGAUACGCAUCCGCUGUUCUCCACCUGGCGGGUGAAAACGUCAUCUGCGCAGUUCUGCAUUGCGUGCCGAGUCUUUUGAGAUCGCGGGACUUGAAUGUCACAGAAGAUCCAGCGAUCGUCCAAAGAAACGACACAGAUGCAGAAACCGCCCAUUUCUGGAUUCCGACCUCUCGCCGCUCAUCCGGUGCCUUCACUGAGCCGGAUUCACCAACCUCUGAAACGGAAGCUCACACGCGUGUUCCUGAAGGACGACAGCACGACUCAGACUUUUCCGGGGGGGGGGGGGUCCUGAACCUCCACUCGGGGUCAAACGGGAACUGCGGGCUGCGUCUGUGCUGCUUCUGAACCUGCACGUAGAUUCACGACCAGUUAGUUUCCGGACUGUAAUGGACACUGAUUAGAAAUCAAUAACACACCUGUCUGUCUCGCUGCUGCUCUGGGACCCCGUCUGCCGAUGAGAAUAAAGUGGCUUGGGUUCAUUUCAAAAUAAAAGACGUGAGUUCCGCAAUAAAGCAUGAUUAACACGAAGUUUGGCGCAGUCGUGGUGAAUGCCUCCUACCUAGCAGUAAGGUGUCUCAGGUGCGGUACAGGUGCAGGGUGCGGCAGGCAAAUAGGGGGUGGAGCUGCGACGGGGAUUUCUGGGUUGCUAGCUCUCUGUGACCCCCGGUCGAAUCGCUCUUCGUAGCCCUGCAGUCACCCCACGGCGGUAAAACAGCACCUGGGUCCAUGGUGCCUCUAAUAAGAGUCAGGAGCGAAACAGUGUCUGCUCCUUGGCCCACCUCACUCGGGUGUGUUGCCCUGAGACCGAGAGGCAGAAAGAACCCGAACAGCCAGGGUGGGGAUUUGUCAGACCAUAAAUUCUGCCUCGCAAACAAAUCGGCGAUUGUCUCGAAUUCUGCAUUUUGACUAAAACAUUUGCGCUCUGAUUUUCCACUGCUCGAUAAUGCUUCGUAGCUUUUUUUCUGGAGCUUUCAACUGCAACUAAACAGUCUUCAUCAGCAGAUUUUGCUCAGACGCGAUCGCAUUACCCAUACUCCACUUAGCCGGUGGGGUGUGGAGGGAGAUGGAAACCCCUGCCUGCAUUCACAGGUGGUCCAAAAAUGGAUGAAGCCAGUAAGUGGUCCUUGAGUAAAGGUUUUUUUGAAUUUGAUUUUACUUUUUGGGGUUUUUUUGGGGGGGUUGGAGGGUUGAAUCUUGAAAACCAUUGUUUUACAGAAUGAACUUUCACUCUCUCCUUUUCGUCAACGCAAAACUAAUCUACUUAACCAAGCGGUGCGUGGUGCUGGUGACCUGGGGGUUUAAGGUGCCUCCUGUGAGCCACAACAUUCUGCUGCAUGUUGUUCCUCAGGUCUUAACUGGUGACUUAUUAAUAAAAUUUAAAAAAGCACAAAACUCCCUGAAAAAAAAAAAAAAAACAACAGCCAGUGGUUUCAUGCUAACCAAACAUCUUGAAGCUAUCUCAACAGGGAACGAAGUUGCUUGUAUUUACGGGUUGUGAAGUGGUUGGAAAGCGUUUACUCUCAGUUUGCGUAUUUGAGUACAUUUCACUGCUAAUGCUUUGGGAAACGUAGUGCAGGUUUCUGCAUGCAUCCGUUAACUUACGGUCGACCCGGAUACAAGCCAGGAUUUACUCUGUAGGCCAGACCAGCCAGGUCUGUAUCCAUCUACCCUCUUUACACGGGGGCCAAAGUCCAAAGCCAAAGUCCGACGCCUCUGAAAAUAGUCCUGUUGACAAACCUGAGCACAUCUGUUUGAUCUGUCAACACAGACAGACGCAGGAAUAUUUCGAGUAAAUCUCAGUGUUGACUGGAGGCUGUAGAGACCAGGGGUAUUAAAUAAUGAUCUCAUGACUUUAAGCCCAGCUGAAAGACACGUCAUCCUGACAGGAGUCCCGUUGGAAUAAUGGGUGUUUAUUUUGUUCUGAUUGGUGACUGAAUCUUUCUUGCUGACAUGCACCGUGGGGGUUGUAGUUACCCUCUCCAACGUACUAUCCGUAAUAAGAACCAGAUGUUUUCUAAAACAGCGGUUCAUCUCCCGUACUGAUGACUAAACCGGGAGAGUCUGGGGUAGAUCCAUGCUGUGGAAGGGCUUCAGCUGUCAGUCACACAGCACCGUCUCUGGGGAAGUGAAUGAAAGACUUUCAUCAGCGGAAGCGAGGCCUGUCAGAGAGUCGACGUGAUCUUUGUGGCGUUCUAGAACCUCAGAUGACUUCCAGGGCAAAGUCAAGUGCGAUCUACUCCACAGACCACCUUCUUCGCAAAACCACAUUCCACUACAGAUCCACUGCUUCACUCCCCUGCAGCGUCUUUGUUUCUCUGUGCCAUGGCCGGAGGAAAGAAGCCACAAAACAGGGAAAGAUUUUCCGACGCUUCCCCUCCGGGUCUUCCGAGUCGCGACGGACCGGAAACAUCCCCCGACGGUGAGCUCUACCUUCUGCGAAACGCCCAUCGUGACGCUCAGCAGGAGAACAACCACCCAAGAAAGCCGGUGGACGGCGUGUACUUGAGCGUCACUAAGAAUAAACUGAAAAUAAGGAACCUGGAGAAGAGUCUAUAGGUCCAGGAGAGGCAGGUCAUGGAUGAAUUCUUUAAGGGCUACGAGACCAUCGCAAUGACUGAGGUGGACGUCUCCAACCUUCAGCCACGUCUCCAACUGCAGGAGGAGCAGCGCCAGCAGGGGGUGAACGAGGUGAAGGAGCAGCUCCACCAGGGGGAAAAUGAAAUCCUUCAACUCAAGGAGGAGGAGAAGAAGAAUCUCUCCGAGAGGGUCACACAGACCGAAAACGAGCCGAAGAGCAGAGGAAGAGGAAAACCUCCUGAACGAGGAAGCUUGGAGGACGAAGUACAACGCUCGCCGAGAGAGACGAGAGCUGGGAGAGGAAAGUCAAGCAGAUGAAGGACAAACUGGGAGAGGAGAAAAAAGAACUGCAGGAGGAGAAGAAAGAAAGAACCGGAGGAGCUCCGUCUGAGAAUGCGGGAGAAGGGGAGAAGUUUCUGGUCUCUCAAGAAGAAGGUGGGGGCCGUGGCUGGAGACAAAGAAGAAUAAAAGUGAAAAGAAGAAGAUGGAAGUUAAAGAACAGGACGCACAGAGGAAGAAACACAAGGAGGCGCAGGAGGAGAUUAAAAAGAAACAAAAAGAGGAGGAGGCCAAGAAGGAACGCAAGGGAAAGGAGAAGACGGAGGAGAAGAAGGGUUGUUGGAGCUGGAUGCAAAAGAAAAACAAGCGUGACGGCGACAGAAAGGUGGAGGAGGCUGCUGGUUGUCCAGCUCAGUAGCCCCCUCCUCCUCCCCCCUUCACCCCUCCAUCUCUCCCCAGCCCUCCCUUCCGUCUCCUUCACCUGCUCCUCCUCUCCACCCUUCCUCCCUUACCCCUCUACCCUUCCUCUAUCUCCCUCACCCCCCUCACGCCUUCUUCAUUAAAAGUCUAGUAUAAAUUCAGCCAUAUUUCCACCUGUAUCAGCCUCUGAAACACGACCCCC